GUCCUUGCUCUUUCUACCAUUGGGCCGGGCCGCUGUCAGUCGGCACCCCUCACCCCGAGCAGAGUCCUCCUCCUCCUCAGCUCCCCGUCUGCUCACUCCGCCGUCAUAUUGGCUGCUCGAGGCAGCCGCGACCACGGCGAGGAAGACCCCUGCCACGAUGAAGAGCGGCAGCGCAGACUUUUAAACGGACUCUGUUCGGUUCUUAUCGGGACACACCCGGAAUGACUCCACCGAGGAGCCGCGGACGCGAAGCGCUUUCAUCAUCCGAUGCCGUGGUCCACCAGGGGGAGGAUUUAUCCCGGACUCCUCUCAAUAGCCAUUUUUUGCAGACAAAGAGCUGCUGAAUCGAGCCUUGACGAAGACACAAGGGUCCCUUGGACUCUUGUUUGAGAAGAAAACUGGCAUCAUGUGGAGCAAUCUGAAGAGCAAAUGCCAAACACUCUUCCAUAGCAGCAGCUCUGGAUCCGGCGAGAGCAGAAUUGACGCGGAUUCUGUCCACUGUGUGGUGGAUCUCGGCCAAGGGAGCAGCUCUGCAGAGGCUCAAACGUCAAGAGCUUCCAGCCCAUCCAGAAGUCUCCUCCCUGUGCCAGUGGUGACAGCUGGACGCCGGCAUCACAACUGUGUGUCAGACGCACCUCAAAUAGUGGAGAUCACCCUGGACAAGGACACUGAGGAUGUGCGUGUGGGGUCAGGAGGUGUUCCCAUGGCUCGGAGAGACUCAUAUUCCCGCCACGCACCAUGGGGGGGCAAGAAAAAACAUUCAUGCUCGACAAAAACUCAGAGCUCGCUUGAGGCAGAUAGGCGGCCUGGCCGUUUACGUGGGAGUGGCUGUCGUCGAGAGAGGCGGUAUGGAGGCUGUUCCAUCCAGGAGAUGAGUGACUCUGUGUCAGUGGGACGCACUCUCAAUUCUCGGUCAUUGCGCCAGCGCCUCAGUGAUACCGUAGGACUGUGUUUGCCGCUGCCUGCUCGCAGACACUCUUCCAAGAACCCCAACGGCUCCAAGCGCAAGAUUCACCUUACGGAGCUCAUGCUGGAGACUUGCCCCUUCCCACCGGGUUCAGACUUGGCCAACAAGUGGCACUUGAUCAAGCAACACACAGCACCAGUCAGCCCGCAUUCCUCCAAUGCCCUGCUGGAAUCCUUUGACCCGGCUCACCCGUCUCCCGAGGACGAGGAGGAACGUCUCAGAGAACGCCGCAGACUUAGCAUUGAGGAAGGUGUGGACCCACCACCAAAUGCACAGAUCCACACCCUGGAAGCUUCCGUGCCAGGUUCAUCUGUCUACAAACUGGGACCAAAAAUGGCUCCUGGCAUGGGGGAAGCCUCUGGUGAGAUCCGGCCCUCAACAUCUGCGAGCUCUGUGGGGGCCUUAUCAUCAGGGGCCUGUGCUCCGGUGUUUGGGGCAGCAGCUGCAGCAGCAGCACAGGACUGUGAUUCUGAGGAGGAUUCGACCACCCUCUGUCUCCAGGCCAGGAAACCCAAACAAAGGCACACUUCAGGCGAAGGCCAUCUGAGUCGUCAGCAACCUGGGCCCUGGAAGGUUCACACCCAGAUAGACUACAUCCACUGUCUGGUGCCAGACUUGCUGCAGAUCACUGCGCUGCCCUGUUACUGGGGCGUAAUGGACCGUUACGAGGCCGAGUCACUGCUGGACGGACGGCCAGAAGGCACUUUCCUGCUCCGGGACUCUGCCCAGGAGGACUAUCUUUUUUCUGUUAGCUUCCGACGUUACAACCGAUCACUGCACGCCCGCAUAGAACAGUGGAACCACAACUUCAGCUUCGAUGCGCACGACCCUUGCGUGUUCCACUCUUCUACCGUCACGGGAUUGCUGGAGCACUACAAGGACCCCAGCGCCUGUAUGUUUUUUGAGCCGCUGCUGACGGCACCCCUACAUCGGACCUUUCCCUUUGGCUUGCAGCACUUGGCCAGGGCCGCCAUUUGCCGCUGGACCACUUAUGACGGCAUAGGCUCUCUGCCGCUGCCGCCUGCCCUGCAGGACUUCCUCAAAGAGUAUCACUAUAAACAGAAAGUACGAGUUCGCUGGCUGGAGAGGGAACCGCCACUCAAAGUCAAAUAAGACGGUGGUGCACACUACAGGAGGGUCAUAGAACUGUAGGAAUUCCUCAUCCGCCGACCGGAAGCUAUACUGACAUGGUUCUCUGUUCUGUUGGCAGAGGGAAUGAAAAUGUAACAAGCUAUACAAGAUUCAUUCUAAUCUUUUAGUCAUGACUAAACAUCACAGAAAUAUGAUUAUCUCCAGUACAACGCUGUCUGGCUUGCUCACUUGUUGCUGACGGGAAGUGGAAGCCUCAUCAUCAGUGCUUUGUCUCGUCCCUCUCACGUUUCGCAAACGUCUGCUUGAUCCCACGACAUCGUCCCGCCUGUACACCCACCCGCAUGCCGCCUCCUUCGUCAGAAAUGACUCAGAACACCUUUUUUUGACCCUCGUGGCUAUUUUGUACAGUUCACUUCUGUGCUCUACGUUUCCUUGCUGACCAUGUAGGAAAACCUCAGAGGAUUUUGAAGGUGCGUGUGUGUGUGCGCGAGCGCGCGUGUGUGCAGAGGGCAUCUGGAGGUGCUGUCGUCGCAGUCGGAGCUUUUCCUAUGGAUGAAGCUACAUCAGGCACAUUCUCGGCCGUCUAUUUGCACAAGAGGAUCAGCUAAGCCACAAACAGGAAGGGAUUUUGGGAGGGUCUGUAUAGUUUAGAAUAGUAAUCUGCCAAGCUAAAUCUCUUUCAAUAACACAAGUUUCCCUUAAUAUCAUGAUCGUACAAUGAGUAACUGCAGAGCCACCAAACUACCCACCACGUCAGCAGUGGAGCACUCCACCUGUCGGGAGUAUUCUUGUUCAGUCUCACAGCCGCUGGUGUCUUCACCCGUGACUGAUUUUGUUAAAACAUUUGAGGUGUCUGGUCUUGCCAUAAUUAUGGUGCUCAACAGUGUUCAGUUUUGCGCUGGUCUGAUUUGGUGGCGUCUUUUAUUAUUUUCCGUUAAUUUUCCAGCAACCAAGAAUGAAAACUCGUACCUCUUUAUUUUUAAGGUAACCUCCCACUCGGGUGCCAUUUUUCUGAUACAGGCAGAUCUCGCUUUAUGAACUCAUGAAAUGUCUAUUGGCUUAGAGAGAAUACACAUCCGCCCCUUCCUGGUGUUUGCUGUGAUGUUCGUAAACCGAAGCAUAGCUCGUACACCAAAGCAGGAUUCCUUUGGAAAUCACAAGGGCAUUCGCGAACCGAGGUUUGACUGUGUUAUGAAAGCCAUCGAGUGGCAGUUGCGACAAUGUGGCCGUUGCGACGCAUGACCACACUGUCGUGAAAGAAAUCAUGUUUUGAAUCUUUACAAUUUUGAAACAACAGAAGUGUAUAUACUUCCACCAAGUCUAAAUCCAACACCGUUUUUUUUAUGCACAUUUUAUUGUUAACGUCACUUAUUUGAUCAUAAAACUGGUUUUCUGUCCAAUGACGCCAUCAGAUGAGACCAUCGUAAACAAUGUGCCGCUUGAUGAUCCAAAUAUACAGGUGCUAAGUCAGCUAAAGCUAUGACCGAUGAUGUAACGAUCAACGCUUGCAUGUUAGUAUGGUAGAAUUUCAAACAAGGUCCAAUUGCAGCUCAACUGUAGCACACGUGUGUAAUGUGAACAAUAUUACGAUAAGCUAAUCAUGCUUCAACUGUCAGAUCAUACAGUGUUGGUUAUAGAUGUCAGUAGAGGAGACUCAUGUGCUUGUUGCUAACGUGAUUGAAUCCGACCAUUGGUGCACUCAAGAACCAGAACAGUGGCCCACUAUGGAUCGGUUCCAUUAUCCGCCUUGUUUGGUGCGUUGUACCAAUGUUAGUGAGGUGAUAGAGAGACGCUGCUCAAUUCUAAAAACCUCCCAAUUCACCCUGGCUUGUGGUUGAAAUACCCCACUUAUCCAGAACCAUUCGCUAGCGCUACAAAGAUGUAGGUCCAAACAGCGGCAGGUCACUUUAGAGCUAUUUGAAAGACGCAUCUGCUCACUUCAGCUGCGUCGUGGCUAAGCUAGCGCUAGCUUCGUUCAUCCCCUAAUCUCGGGCUAAUGUCACCCUCUCUGGGUAUAAACUGGGCACUAAACCAGGCUCUGUUGCCUUAAGGCUGUAACAACUUUUCCACCUAUUCCUCACAUCACAGCGUCCGAUCUGGAAAUGGACGCCCGGAGUGCCCUCGCUUCCUUUCGUGGCCUGCACACUUUAUUAUCUUCUUUCCAACGGCACUUUAAUUGUGUAUUUGUGUUCCAAAGUGCAGUCGGCGGGUAUCUGACAGCGACGCCGUUUUAUUGUGCCGGCACUUCAAAAUCCAACAGUGAGAUGGCAUUUUGUCUCUUUCUAAGCGAAAGCAGGCAAGUGGAUGAUGAAAGGAAAUGACAGGAGGCAUUUAGGAGUCCAGUUCAGAAACUUCUGCGCUGAGCUGAAUCCUCAAAUCCUCCACUCUUUAAGAGCAAGAGCGGUGUCGCUGUUUGAGCACUUGUGUGCUGGAUUGGUGAAGACAGCAAAAUGUAUGAGUGUGAAAAAGUGUAAGAAGCAGUCGGUCCAGAUAUAUUUCACUUGAAGUUGUGGAGCUUGUCCCCUCAUGCUGCAGACUUGUGUGUGUGUGUGUUGUUCUGGAGGUGUAUUUGUGAAUGGACAGAGCCACAUUGAGGAUUCAAGUGGGACGGCGGUGCAGUCACGAGCGUGAGGUGUCAACGGCGACCCCUAUGAACGGCUCCUUCUCUGCCACCGUCCUCGCGCUCCCCUCGUCUCAGGCAGGCCCAUUGUACGGAGAGUCCCAGGACCCUCGCAGCCGGUUUUCCCCAUGGGAAAUAACUGACCUUAACUGUAGCACAUGUUUGCCAUAUAACCCCAUAGAUUUAGGUGUUUGUUCGGUGGAAUAGAUGUGUAAAAGAGCCGAAAAAGAUAAAGACAUUCAAUUCUUCUGUGGUGCUUUAGCUGUCUGGGAUGUUGGCACUCGCUGAAGUCUGGCGGACGCUGUGCAAUUUUAGCCAUGUCAGCAUGAACUUGAGGCAUCUGAUGGUUGAUCUCGGUAUCUAUGGAAGAGCUAUCUGGUCUUGUUCAUCCGUUGGGCAACAUGAGAGCCAGGGCACACAAACAAACAAACAAAAUGAUGAUCAUUGGGUGAGGUGCUGAAAACUGUGGUUUUGAUGUACAAUUCCUCCCUGGUUCUCCAGGGUUUACUGGGGUGUGUGCAUGCUACAUUGACUGAAGAUGCCUCGAUCGCUCGACAUAGCUUCAACAGACCAAAAAUCUCACAGCGUCCGCCCCAUUUCGCCGCCAUGCCUGAACCCUCCGCCCUAAAACCAGGGACUCGUAAACAUGGACCACACAUAACCAUUUCUGUGCACCUUCUCUAGUAAACGGGGCGUUCCAUGUCUAUUCAACACUUCUAAAUUGACACUCGCUGCACUACAAGAGACAGCCAGACGAUGUCACUCGCUGUAAAGUGGACGUAGGACCCCUCGCUCCCCUCCCCCGACCUCGGUACGACUCGUGAUUCUGCCAGCUAACAAAGUAGAUAUAUUUUAUUUGUCCCGUGUAUAUUUGAAGAAGAUGGUUUCAUAUGCAAACAGAAAGAUGUAUGAGAGAACUUUUAUUUUCAUGACGACGCGUUCCUGAUAUGCAACGGAGUGUCGCGUAACUAUGGUUACAAUCCUCUGUCACUUUAAUGCUGUAUGUGCACAUUGGCUGCUGCGUGGAUGCGGGCGCCGAGGCAACGGGACUGGCCACGCCCCCACAACGCCAUUUUCGUCCUGACCAAUCACAAAAGCCCCAUUUCUCAAAACCGAGCUGCCGUCGGACGGACACGGCCGUCCCUUUUCUCUUUCCUUUUCCUCCGUCAGGUUAGAAGUCGUGUAAAUGGCACACUCACAUUUCACUGUCUGUUCUGUGUAUCUGCUUCACCGGUUGUUCUUUUGAAGAGGCGUCGGACGCGACACGUGUAGCUGUCACUCUUGGUGCUUUGGCUUCUGCUUCAUUGUCUUAAUAUUCCAAAUAAAACUGUUAAGUGUACACGUGACAUUU